GGGGCGGGGCCUGAGGGUGAGGGGGCGGGGCCUGAGAGAGAGCGGGACGAGGCGCCCCCCCCAUUUCCCUCAGAGUGAGUGAGAGCGGGAGCGGCGGCAGCGCGUCAGAUUUGCACCUGAGCUUCCAUUAAAAUGUCCAAGCAACAGCCUGCUCAGUUUACCAAUCCAGAAACCCCUGGCUAUGUUGGCUUUGCAAACCUCCCCAAUCAGGUCCAUCGGAAGUCUGUGAAAAAGGGGUUUGAAUUCACUCUUAUGGUGGUUGGUGAAUCUGGACUGGGAAAAUCUACAUUAAUAAACAGCCUCUUCUUGACAGACCUCUACCCAGAACGGAUAAUCCCAGGAGCUGCUGAGAAGAUUGAACGCACUGUGCAGAUUGAAGCCUCCACAGUUGAAAUAGAAGAGAGGGGUGUGAAGCUACGUCUGACAGUCGUAGAUACACCUGGAUAUGGGGAUGCUAUCAACUGCAGGGAUUGUUUUAAGACCAUAAUCUCCUACAUCGAUGAGCAGUUUGAACGUUAUCUGCACGAUGAGAGUGGUCUGAACAGAAGGCACAUCAUAGAUAACCGUGUUCAUUGCUGCUUUUAUUUCAUUUCACCAUUUGGUCAUGGCCUUAAGCCUUUGGAUGUUGAAUUUAUGAAGGCAAUCCACAACAAAGUAAAUAUUGUACCAGUAAUUGCAAAAGCUGACACACUUUCACUGAAAGAACGAGAAAGACUAAAGAAAAGGAUUCUGGAUGAAAUUGAAGAGCAUGGCAUCAAGAUUUAUCACCUGCCUGAUGCUGAAUCUGAUGAGGAUGAAGAUUUUAAAGAGCAGACCAGACUGCUGAAGGCCAGCAUUCCAUUUUGUGUAGUGGGAUCUAAUCAACUCAUUGAAGCCAAAGGUAAAAAAGUUCGAGGUCGUCUGUACCCAUGGGGUGUUGUUGAAGUGGAGAAUCCAGAACAUAAUGACUUCCUGAAAUUGAGGACCAUGUUAAUCACCCAUAUGCAAGAUCUUCAGGAGGUGACCCAAGAUCUUCACUAUGAGAACUUCCGUUCUGAGCGGCUCAAACGAGGCGGCAGGAAAAUAGAGGAUGAAGAAGUAAAUAAAGACCAGAUUCUGCUUGAAAAAGAAGCUGAACUUCGUCGCAUGCAAGAGAUGAUUGCAAGAAUGCAGGCGCAGAUGCAGAUGCAAAUGCAAGGUGGAGAAGGAGACAGUGCAGUUCAAGGACACAAUGUAUAAAGCUUUUGUUUCCCUUUUACCCUGGCUUAAAGGAGUCACUGUGGAGUUGAAUUGUGGUGGCAUUAUGCCGGAAGGAAUGCCUUGUGCUCAACGUGUGACUUGGAGAUUAUUUUGGAGUUUAACAUGGAAAUGCAUUGUGGUAACUCUUGUGAUACGUAUUUCAUAACACGUAGUCAGUAUUCUAUAUAUUAUAUACCUUUGACGUUGCUUUUGUUUAGUAGUUCUUAUAUUAAGCUUAUUUUCAGUUUCCCAUUGUAAUAGGGUUACAAAGUAGUCAUCAAUACUUCUCUUGCCUGACAUGAUGUCAGGUGACUUUCUUUAAUAUGAACUCCCUGUUUUUAAUUUUGUGUUAUGUUUAGGAUUAAGCAUCUGUUGUGGUAUCCUGUUCAGUAGUGUCUAAUAGUCACUAAUUAGGGAGUCCUGCAAGGCUGGUUUUAUAUUUUUGCAGUGUUUUCAGGUGUGUCUGUGAGACCUUAGCCCUUCCUCUGUCUCUGCUCAGUGCUGAUUUCCUUGGUCUCUGUAAGUAUCUAAUUAAACUCCAGGCAUGCCUUGUCUUAACAAAAGAACUAAGAGGCAGUACUUCCAUAAGGGCAAACUCCAUUUUAUAUGACAGGCAUCGUGUCCUUCAGAUUUAAUGCUGAAGGAUAUAUGUUCUUUUAUUGCUUGCCUAAAAUCUCUUCCUCUAUAUUGCAGAUAAUUUUUAAGAGUUUCCUGUAGAUCAGCACAAAUCAGUCCUGCUGUUUCCUGGCAUUGCUGUAGCCACAUAAUCUUAAACGAUGCUGAUACAUUAAAUGAGAUAAACCCCAAAGAGUAGUUUUCUAUGCACGAGUGUGUUUCCAUAUCCAAAUAUAUGAAACUGUAUAGUUACUGAAGAGUAUUUUCAUACUAUUUCUAGGGCAUUGCAAACUUAAUUGUAAUAAAAAACAUACUACACACUUCUCUUUCUACUUCAAAGUGAUCUGUGCCUGACAGGAUCAGUGCAAACUGUAUUUUAAGGUUCUGCUCCAAGAUGGAGUAUUACUUCUGAGGUGGCUCCAAUAUGCUAUGCUGUUUUUAAUCUUUUUUUAAAGGCCAAGGUCACUUUCCUUAACACUGCCAGGAAAGGGAACUGUGUUUUGAGCUUGACUGCAUAUCAUGGCAGGUAUAGUUUGCGGUCCAUAGUAGCAGCUGUAGUGUGCAGCUCCAUAUGUGCUGGCUGAUAAGGAUAAGCAGCCAUGUGCUGUGCUUGGCUUUUUGAGUACUUCUGAUAAAGCCAGCAAUUGGGUUUACUAAUGUGAAUAGUUGUUAUCUGAGCAGCUAAUGAGUAGAUAAAACUCCAGCUUUUCCUCUCUUCUGAGCUCAGGUGUAGCAAUGAUUUUUAGAGUUUUUAAACUUUUAUUUGAAAAGAAGUGGUAAGAUUUCUACAGCUAACGUAUGAUUUCAGUGGUACUUAAAUAGCAGACUGAUAUUUAAUCUAGCCAAGCAGCUGAAAUUUCUACCUGCCUGCAGCUGCUGUUUAUGAAUUGUUUUGUAUUUGAAUCUUUCUAAAAAUGUGAAGUAAAAUCUUCCAUCGUUGCCUUUUCUAGGAAGCUCCAGUUUGCUUUGCAAAAGCAAUUCUCAGUGUUCCAUGACUCGUGCAGUCUUCCCUAAUCACCACUGAUGUGAAUAAUGGCAACCUUUUAUAUAUUUAGAUGCACAGAAGCACAAAGUCCUAUUUUGUCAAAUAAGUCUGUAUAAAGCUUGAAUGCAAAAGCACACACUCCAGAGUUCUUGUCUUGCUUUUUCUAGACAACAUACAGAAAUAAGGUGGCAGUGUUACUGGGAAGAAACAAACAAUAAUCCACAGCACCUUAUUUCUAAACCUUUUGGUACGUUUCUGUGAAUGAGUUGUCAGGCUGGAGGGGCCACUAAGCAACAUAUCUGCUGUAGGUACCCCUGUUCUUUGCAGGGCAGGUGCUCUUUAAAGGUCACUUCCACCAUAUACAUUUCUGUGACUCCAGAUAUUCCAGAACAACUUAUUAUACACUCCUAUCACUAAAUAGUUUGUGAACUCCCAUCCUAUUCUUCAGUCGCCACAAAUGUGCUUUGUUCUGAUUCUGCAGCGCUUUCCUACUUUUAAGCUACCAGUUUAGUAUCUCUAAAUGCUCUGAGCAAAGUAUGCUUCAGGUACUGUUCACUUUGCCAAGGAGAGCAAGCUGUGUAAUAUUAUUUUCACAUAUAAGCUUAGUAGGGUAAGGUAAUCUGCAAUAGCAAUAUGAACCAGUACUUGAACUGUGAAACCUCAAAUGUGUUUGAACCAGACCCUGGUUAUACAUAUAACUCUGUGUGUGUGUUGGUUUUACUUUGUGUUUGUUCUUUAUCAUGGGAACAAAGGCAAAUUGUUUGUGCUUUUAGUGCUGUUUGGUCACUACCUGUGGAAUUACUUCAGGCUAUGUCUUAUUCUUGGCAAUAACAUGUAUCUAUUGAGAUAUUUCAUCAGGGCUAAGCAUUGUGGAUGAUUCUUAGGCAAUAAAUACUUUCAUGUAUAUUUUUUCAUUGGAAAAAUAAGUUUAUGGCACUUGUAGUCAUCUGUCUUUCAGUUAAAACAGCUUCUUGAGUCCCUUGGGGGUGAUCUGAUCUGCCAGUGGUGCCUGAUAUCAAUGAAGGGUCUCUUUCUCCUUCACGUUUCCUGUGAUGGCCUUGAUGUCAGGGAUGUGUGGUGAGACAUAAGUGAGACCACCAUUCUCAGAUUGAAGCUUGUCUAAAAAGAAAUCAAUCAGCUACUGGUAGAAGAAAAGUAUGGGGACAAAAGGUUGAUGUUUGUUGUGCUCAACUGGCCACGGUUUGUUUUCUGGUACAGCAUUGUUGGAGUUCCUAUUUUAGAAGUAAAAGUACUUUUGAAUUUGCAGAGCUUUAUAUUUGGUAGCAAAAAUGACUUGUUCUUGGUACAGGAAUCUUACUGUUAUAUUCUGUUUUAUGUACUGUCAUUAGCCAAGGCUAUAAUAAAAAUGCUAAAAUAAAAGAAUACGUUUUCUUUU